GUGCUGCUUCCUUCCAAAGCUUCGCUUGGCUCACUACCUCUUCUAGCGCCUCAACAAGUGACGUGAGUUGGGAUAUCUGAUCAACUCCUGCAAGCGCGCUUCCCCGCACGGCAAUCCCCGCUUUCUGUACUCCUCACACGGCCAUUAUGCCUUCCCAGGUGGCGACGGGCCUGCGCUUCGCGCGACGACUUGCUACUGAUCCCAGCAAGCACCAACGAUUCCUUGCUCGUGCAUUCUCGAGUAGUGUUCGCAGACCGGAGAUCAAUAAGGUCGUAUCUUCAGCCGAUCUCGCUAUUAAAGAUCUAAAGUCCAACUCGACGGUGCUGGCUGGUGGGUUUGGUCUCUGUGGUGUACCGGACACUCUGAUCAACGCGGUACGCGCCAAUUCGGCCAUCAACGGCCUGACCGUCGUUAGCAAUAAUGCCGGCGUGGACGGCUCGGGGCUGGGUCUCCUCCUUCAAUCCAAGCAGAUCAAGAAGAUGAUUGCCAGUUACGUGGGGGAAAACAAGACCUUCGAGCGCAUGUACCUGACGGGCGAGAUUGAGCUGGAAUUGACACCGCAAGGUACCCUGGCCGAGCGGUGCCGCGCCGGUGGAGCAGGUAUUCCAGCGUUCUAUACCCCCGCGGCCUGCGGCACGGUCGUCCAGACGGGCGAGCUCCCCCUGAAGCACAACGCCGACGGGACCGUGGCUCUCUACAGCCACCCGCGGGACGUCAAGGUCUUCGACAAGAAGAGCUACGUGAUGGAGGAGGCGAUCAAGGGCGACUACGCCUUCGUCAAGGCGUGGAAGGCCGAUAAGCUGGGCAACUGUCAGUUCCGCUACGCCGCCGCGAACUUCAACGGCGCCAUGGGUCGCAACGCCAAGACGACGAUCGUGGAAGCGGAGCACAUCGUCGAGGUCGGCGAGCUCGAGCCGGCUGCCAUCCAUCUCCCCGGGAUCUAUGUCAAGCGCGUGGUCCAGAGUACCACGCCCAAGAACAUCGAGAAGUUCACUUUCGCCAAGGAGGACGGCGCCGAGGAGGCGGCCGCGCUGGGUAAGGGUGAGACGGCCGCGAAGCGCGAGCGCAUCGUCCGCCGUGCGGCCAAGGAGUUCAAGAACGGCAUGUAUGCGAACCUGGGGAUAGGCAUGCCGAUGCUGGCGCCGAACUUCGUGGAUCCCUCGGUCGAGGUCAUGCUGCAGUCCGAGAACGGCAUUCUGGGUCUGGGCCCUUACCCUAAGAAGGGACACGAGGACCCGGACUUGAUCAAUGCUGGUAAGGAAACUGUGACGCUGUUACCUGGUGCGGCCUGCUUUGGUAGCGACGAGUCUUUCGGCAUGAUCCGGUCGGGUCGGAUCGACUUGACGAUCCUGGGCGCGAUGCAAGUCAGCGCGCGCGGUGACUUGGCCAACUGGAUGCUUCCUGGUAAGAUCAAGGGCUUCGGCGGGGCAAUGGAUCUGGUUUCCAACCCUUCCGAGACCAAGGUGGUCGUGACUAUGGAGCACACCGACAAGAAGGGCAACCCUAAGAUCGUCAAGCAGUGCGAAUUCCCCUUGACUGGUAAGACUUGUGUCAGUCGGAUCAUCACGGAGCUGUGCGUGUUUGACGUCGACUUCACCGAUGGGUUGACGCUGGUUGAGCUGGCGGAUGGAGUCACCGUGGAGGAGGUGCGCAGUAAGACGGAGGCGCCUUUCAAGGUCGCCGACGAUGUGAAGCCUAUGCUUUGAUUCCGACUCUUUGGGUAUCUUGUGUUUCUUUUGCAGCCGGAAUGGGCAGGCCGGAUAUAAUACUUAUGGUUGUUGUAUAGUGGUUAUGAUUUAACCUGACAGGUUCGGGUCGGAGGAUAUGGAUUGUACAUAGAUGAUAUGGAUGGAAGUCGUGUAGUUCAAACUCGAUAAAAAAGAACAAAAUCAC